AUGACAACAACCCCACCUCCAUCGUCACCUUCAAGCCUUCGGAUUCCCUCUGCACCGCUGCAUGGGGCUGGCUACGACCAAUACGAGCCAUAUCCCCGUCGUCAAUCGACUAGACUGGCAAGUCAGCGCGCCGCCAGGGAACUCGAAAAGGCUUCAGAGGAGUCCUGCCCGAAGUCACCAAGCAAAUCGCGGUCUCAAUGUGUGCCGAAAAAGUAUCGGAGGGUCCAGGAUGAGGCAUCUUCGGACUCACAAGAAUCAGAACAUGGUCUCUCUCGCAAGAGAUCUGACGCGCCCAAACAGCAACCAAGUAUCCCUUUCUCGAAUCAUGGGGCCAGUGUUGAUCCAUUCACAUCACCUCAGCGCCAGCCCACUUCAGCUGCCUGGUCUCGCGUAGAAGCCCCCCAAGGCCUUCUCACUCCUGUAAAGACCCCAUCGAAGCGAAAGAGUCACGGAAACCUGUCAUCCACAUCUCGAGCGCUCUUCCCUCCAUCUGGAAGAACCUUUACCAAGAAGCCGUCACCUUUCUCACUCGAGAGUUUCGAGACUUCCUCUUCUGAUGAGAUUCACAUCUUCACUGACUCCCGCGACCGUGUUCCUGUCGCCCGUCCUGCAUCAGAUAAUCCUUUCACUUCGCGGUUGUCUGAUGUUUCAAAGUCCAGAGACACCAGUAAAAGGGCUGAGCAGACAAAGGACACAUCCAUCGAAGCUGUGGAGGCCACAGGCUCGUCUGGCCCGUCACGCACCCGUGGUGGCAAGAGUGCACGUCUUGCAAUGAUGUCCGGCGAUGAGGAAGCUAUUUCUACUCGACGUGAAGGAAUUACGAUGAUGUUCCGCGGUAAAAAGGUCUUCACCAGGUUUGACGACGUCGAGGAAGACGACGAUGAGGAUGAUGACCUUGGCCUCUUCGCUUCUCGACCCGACCUACUUGAAGCAAACCCUGACAUUUUGACACAAGUAAAGCCACUCAGUCGCCGCACCAUGAAGCCUCGUGCCCUGUUUUCCACAGCCACAAAGGCCGUUUCCCAGCGAGAUGAAGAGGCCGCUACGGAUGAUGAAAGUGCCGAAGAGAACGAUGCCAAGAAGCCUCCUGUCAUCGAGAUAUCAUCAACUGUCACAGAUCAGGCCCCGGUGUCGCCCGAGUCACCCCACGCCCCCAGUGCAACUCGUCUUCUCAGGUCCAGUGCGCGCUUUGCCCCUGAAACCGAGCAGACUUCCUCCAGCGGAAGUGCUACAGAUUCCAAGAGGAAACGUAUCAGUCCCUUCGACAACUGGCUGCGUAAGAAGCAGGCCAUUGAGGAGGUGUCUGCCUCUGUGCCAUCUGCGAAGCGGGAGGCAGACCUUUCAGGUGACCUAAUAACGCCUCCAACAGCCAAGAAAACCCGCAGUACUCGAGGAGGUGCUUCUGCCAAUCCCUCUGUCUGA